CCCCCUUACUCACGUGGCCCGAGCAAGCCGGAAGGGGUUGCGCAGCCCCUAGUUCCUAGCCCCGGAAGUAGACGAAGCUCACGGAAGCCGGCUUUGGCCCUGCGGCUGCUGCCGUCGCCGCGGAGAAAUUGUUGGAGCUGGCAGCCUAGGAAUGAAUCUCCUUUCAGCCUCCAAGCUCACCUGGUCAGAAUCCUUGGAUGAGCCUGUGGGACCCUUCCUCCUAGCCUUGUGGUUUGGAACCAGUGGCUUUGGGACUGUAAGAGGAUGGACAAAGGUAGUAUGAGGCCGGGCCAGCUCCCCAAACGCUCGGGCGCCAAGCAUCUGCUGAUUCCACCCCGUGCCUGGCACGUGUGUCUUUCGGUCCUGGCUGGGCAUUGCCACCUCCCCCUGGGCCAGCACCACCCACGUACCUCUCGGCAGAGGCCACAAUUGACUGACUUGCUGUUGAGCUGCCGCUCUUUGGCAUGGCUGCAUUUUGAUGGCAGAGGGAGCAGUUAUGCCCAGAGCCCGGUGUGUCGGCAUCACCAGUCUGACCUGAGCACCAUGUGCUGCACGACAUGACACGUGGCACCGGGAGAACUGCCCAGCGUGGAAGAUUCUCAGGGACUGCUAGAUUCAUCCCUGAUGGCAUCAGGCACUGCCAGCCGCUCAGAGGAUGAGGAGUCGCUGGCAGGGCAGAAGCGGGCCUCCUCACAGGCCUUGGGCACCAUCCCUAAACGGAGAAGCUCCUCCAGAUUCAUCAAGAGGAAGAAGUUUGAUGACGAGCUGGUGGAGAGCAGCCUGGCUAAGUCCUCUACCCGGGCGAAGGGGGCCAGUGGGGUGGAACCAGGGCGCUGUUCGGGGAGUGAGCCUUCCUCCAGUGAGAAGAAGAAGGUGUCCAAGGCCCCCAGCACUCCAGUGCCACCCAGCCCCGCUCCAGCCCCUGGACUCACCAAGCGUGUGAAGAAGAGCAAACAGCCCCUGCAGGUGACCAAGGAUCUGGGCCGCUGGAAGCCUGCAGACGACCUCCUCCUCAUCAAUGCUGUGUUGCAGACCAACGACCUGACAUCUGUCCACCUGGGCGUGAAGUUCAGCUGCCGCUUCACCCUGCGGGAAGUCCAGGAGCGUUGGUACGCCCUGCUCUACGAUCCUGUCAUCUCCAAGCUGGCCUGCCAGGCUAUGAGACAGCUGCACCCAGAGGCCAUUGCCGCCAUCCAGAGCAAGGCGCUGUUUAGCAAAGCUGAGGAGCAGCUGCUGAGCAAAGUGGGAUCGACCAGCCAGCCCACCUUGGAGACCUUCCAGGACCUGCUGCACAGACACCCCGAUGCCUUCUACCUGGCCCGUACUGCCAAGGCUCUGCAGGCCCACUGGCAGCUCAUGAAGCAGUAUUAUCUGCUGGAGGACCAGACAGUGCAGCCGCUGCCCAAGGGGGACCAAGUGCUGAACUUCUCCGAUGCAGAGGACUUGAUUGAUGACAGUAAGCUCAAGGACAUGCGAGAUGAAGUCUUAGAACAUGGUGAGUGUGCCCCAGUGGGGACAGUGAGGGGGUGGAAGCACCUGCUGGAACAGAGAGCAACAGGACAAGGUGCUGGUGACGUCAGGGUGUCCUUCCCACCCCACCUCACCGCAGAGCUGACAGUGGCCGACCGGCGCCAGAAACGAGAGAUUCGGCAGCUGGAGCAGGAGCUGCAUAAGUGGCAGGUGCUAGUAGACAGCAUCACAGGUGAGGAGGCGGGGCCGGGAGGGUUGGGCUUCAGCUCCCCUCGCCGCCCUGAGCCCCCCGCGCCUGUUUCCCAGCCCCCUCGCUCCCUUCCCUCAGUGGAUCUCACCCUGGCUCCCUGCGUGGAAGGCGCUGAGGAGUGGGCUGUUCUCCAACACGAGCUGCCCUCCCCUAGGCAUGAGCUCUCCGGACUUCGACAACCAGACCCUGGCGGUGCUGCGGGGCCGCAUGGUGCGGUACCUGAUGCGCUCGCGAGAGAUCACCCUGGGCAGAGCAACCAAGGACAACCAGAUCGACGUGGACCUUUCUCUGGAGGGCCCAGCCUGGAAGAUCUCCCGGAAGCAAGGGGUCAUCAAGCUGAAAAACAACGGUGACUUCUUCAUCGCCAAUGAGGGCCGGCGGCCCAUCUACAUCGAUGGACGGCCGGUGCUGUGUGGCUCCAAGUGGCGCCUCAGCAACAACUCAGUGGUGGAGGUGAGCCCAGGGGAGCUGGGAGGGCCAGGAUGCACCCCAGGGCGUGGUAAGCGAGCGUGUGGGCCUGGCCCCCCCGGGCCCCACCCUGUCCUCAGCCCCCCUUCCCUCCCCCCGCAGAUUGCCAGCCUGCGAUUCGUCUUCCUCAUCAACCAGGACCUCAUUGCCCUUAUUCGGGCCGAGGCUGCCAAGAUCACGCCACAGUGAGGAGGGGUGGCAGGAUCCGCGGGCUCUUUCUGGCCUCAAUUUCCCCUCCAUCCCAGCCCCCUGGAGCUGGGAACUCAGGCUCCUGGAGAAACCAGAGUGGGCAGCAGGAGGCUCAGCUCCUGGCCCCUUGAUCUGAGCCUCUGCGGGGGGGAUGGGGGGAGCGAGGCUGGCCCUCGGGAAGCCCCCAGAGGCUGGGACCCUCCUGCUUCCUCGGUGCCAGAGCCCUCCCUUCUCUCCAGGCAGACCGCCCUCCCCCAGCUCCCUACCUUUGCCCCAUGUCCCCAGCUAAUUAGCUUCAGACGUUUCCUUUAUUAUUUUUCUUUUGUAAAUAGAAAGCACUGAGUUCUAAA